AUGGCGAUGCUCUUUGGCAUGGGACAUUAUUGUCGCCUGGCAGGACGAGUUGUGAGUGCACUGUCCCACAGACAAAUGCAUGUGACGCUUCUUCCAGCGACAACAUGGUAUAGCACCCAAACGACUGGCGAUAGUGAGUAGAACCUUGCACUGUGACUGCAAGGGCCCGAGGGGACACUGAGCGACGCGCCCUUUGCCUUAGUUUUAACGCAUAGCGAACUUGAGGUCCGAGCAGGGGAGAUUGCAUAAUAACAAUUCUGACCACCUGCUUGUUUUGCCUUGACAUCCACGCAUGUGUAGGCCUAUUUUUGAAAGUUUCCGUGCGUCAAUUAACUUUAGUUUUGAAAUCUGACAUUUCAUCAAGUUUACAGAAUUUACAACAGAACAUCGUUUUGAAAAGUUAGGUUACAUUGUGGUUGGAAGGGCAAGUAAACUGCAUUUCAGCUUUCUAUAGUGUAGUUGAAUACAGUAACUCAAAUCGGUUUGAUAGUAAAUCACUGGUGGUUACCGGUAGGCCGCAUUCCCGAUCCUCAGACGGUGGUCAAUUUCGAGAUGUGUCAUGCCGAUCAUAAAUACCCGACGUCCUGCCAGCUACGGUGACAUUGUGUUGAUUAGCAAUUGUAGUUCAAAGGUUUACAAUGUGGAUUUCAAUUCAUUACCGACAGGAUGUCAUCUGAACAUCACACACCCAGUUUGGCCUUGUUAUGUCGUAUAACGCUUUGGGGGAGAUAAAUACGUUUUAUGAACAAUUUAUUAGCCUAUUAUGCAAGAUAAAGAUAAUAUUUAAAUAAUGUUUUUAGAUAUCGCAUGCCAUGUAUGUCUCCACUUUCACCAAGCAUAAGCCUAUGUAUUUGCUCUCUAGAGCAGGGUUUCCCAAACUCGGUCCUGGGGCCUCCCCUGGGUGCACGUUUUGGUUUUUGCCCUAGCGCUAGCGCCCAGGACAGAGUUUGGGAAACCAUGCUCUAGAGAACAUUCUGUAGUUGUCAGUAUCUAUUAAUAAUUUCUGAUCUUCUCUCUGUAGAUCUGCAGUUUAAGUUGGAUGACAGGACAGCCCACAGCAGUCUGGACCUUUUUAAGAAGGACACAGGUGUCAUCUACCGCAUCUUGGGCCUGGACCCCAGCCAUGUCCAACAAAACUGUGAGCGCUUCCAUGAUUGGGCCGUAGUGUUCGGAGACGGGCAAAUCACAGGUGGCUGCCACUAA